AUGUCUACCCUCAAGCUACCAUCAAGCGGACAUUUCCCAGGCGUCACCGUAAAACUUCCAUCCAACCUCCGUCUGGAGCAAUUGCUAUCGUAUCGCCCAUUCAACAACUGGCUAUCCGCCCUCUCCAAAUCGCUGGCUCUCCAGCAUCACCCUCAACAUCCCUUUCACUCUGAGCCGUACAAUCUCCGCGAGAUCGAGAUUCAGAGCGUGGACUUCUUCUCAGAGAAACGCCUUGGCUUCCUGAAACUGCGAGCGUCUAUCACCAAUGAGAAGAAUGAGUCGCUUCCGGGGUCGGUCUUCAUGAGGGGUGGAAGUGUGGCUAUGCUUAUCGUCUUAUCACCGGCCAACACCAGUGCUGGGGAUGACUAUGCGCUCAUGACUGUUCAGCCACGUAUCGCCGCGGGUUCACUAAGCUUCGUCGAGUUGCCUGCAGGCAUGAUUGACGACGCCGGCACGUUCACUGGUGCUGCUGCAAAGGAGAUCAAGGAAGAGACUGGUCUCGACAUCAAGGAGGACGAACUCAUCGACAUGACUCAGCUCACGCUGAAGGAGGUUACUUCCGAACUAGAUCGAGAGGGUGGAGUCGAAGCACAUCUUCAGGAGGGCAUGUACCCAAGCCCGGGGGGCUGCGACGAGUUCAUGCCUAUCUACCUGGCGCGGAAGAAGAUGGCCAAGGAGGAGAUGGAGAUUUUAAAGGGCAAGCUUACGGGGCUGCGCGAUCAUGGAGAGAAGAUCACUUUGAAGCUCGUGAAGCUGAAGGACGUGUGGAAGGUGGGAGUGCGAGACGGCAAGACUUUGGCGGCUAUUGCUCUUCAUGAUGGAUUGGUUCGAGCAGGCAAGCUGUGA